GAAGAAGCAAAGUGAAAGGAAGCGGUAAGACCUCAUCUCCUACUUAUCAAAGAUUAAGAAGCAGCAAUGAAAGGGGAGAUGGAUGGCUCUUUUCGGAGCGGCAGAUUCCUUUACUGGUGGGAACAGAUAGUGAAGCAAUGGAGAGACUGACCGUCCCUCUAAAGCUUAUCAACCAUCCUUCUUUAGCUUAUUUACUUGAUGAAUCUGCAAACGAACUUGGUUAUAAUCAACAGGGAUUGCUCAGAAUUUGGUGUGAUGUUGGAAGAUUCCAGGAAAUGCUUGAUCGAAUAUCAACAAGGCUGUAGGGUUUGUACAUGAGAUCCCUAUCAGUCUUGAUGUGGCAGAUUCGUCUAGUGUUGCUUCCCUUGCUGAAUUCAUCAAGACUCAGUUUGGAAGGCUUGAUAUCUUGGUGAAUAAUGCAGGAAUUACUGGAGCUGAUAUAGACUCUGAUGCUUUUAAAGCUGCGGUUGGAGCUGGUGCUAUUGAAGAGGCACAAGCUAAAGUUGACUGGAGCAGUACGAUCAAAGAGGCUUACGAAUUGGCAGAGCAGUACGAUCAAAGAGACUUACGAAUUGGCAGUACAAUGCUUUCAAACAAACUAUUAUGGUGCCAAAAGAAUGAUUGAAGCCAUUGUUCCUCUUCUCCAAUUAUCUCAAUCACCAAGAGUUGUCAACGUUUCCUCAGGCGCGGGAAAGCUAAAGAAUAUACCCAGUGAAUGGGCCAGAGGGAUAUUUACUGAUGUCGACAACCUUACAGAAGAGAGAGUGGAUGAGGUGGUCAAUCAAUACCUGAAAGACUUAAAAGAAGGUUCCAAAGAAGCCAAAGGCUGGCCUUCAUUCCUGUCUGCUUAUACAGUCUCGAAAGCAGCCAUGAAUGCAUACACAAUUGUUGUCGCAAAGAUGCAUCCCUGCAUCAAGAUCAAUAGUGUCUGUCCUGGUUUUUUCAAAACAGAUAUAAACUUCGAAUCUGGCAUAUUGACUGUAGAAGAAGGUGCUGAAAGUGUUGUGAGGCUAGCUCUGCUGCCUGAUGAUGGUCCUUCUGGCUUGUUCUUCACCUCUUGA